AUGGCGUUAUCUUGCAUGCACAAUUCGAUGGUCGUAGCUCAGCCCCCCAUAGCAUUUGGUACUGAACGGUCAAUCAUCGCGCUCUUGCGAAGAGAUGAAGCACUCGAUGCUGCCGCUUACAAGGCGAGCAGACUGAUCGCUUCCAACAAGACCACUUUCAAGGCCGAAUUAACAGAAGUCCGAGACGCAGCGAAGGAGCUCCAGGCUGGCGCAGGUGACAGUCGCCCCAUAUGGGCCUUGGAAGACCUAGCCAAGAUCGAGGAGUUACUUGGCGCGUUGGAUCGUAGCGCGGUCUGGCUACCACAUGCAGCUGACCUUGCGAAGGUUGUAAGGGAGCCUUCUAUUGCUUUGACACACAUUUUUGAUAAGUUGGAAAGAUCGUUGAGGCUUUGCGGUAAAGAUGAUAACACUCAAAUUGCGAAUCGGCAUUACGCACGCUACCCUCGGGCAGAACACAUGGACGUCAUGGAAAAUUGA